AAUCAAAUACAGCAACCGAAGCUGUCUCUCUAUGACUUUCUUUCCUUCACCCUCAAUCGAUCUGCUCCAAAAGAUGAAGCUCUGACUUUGACCUCACUCUCUCCCUCUCUGUCUGUCUCUGCUCCGUCGCCCAGCCCAUGCAUAGAAUGGCUCCCGAAAUCCAAGACCAGCGGCUCCCCACGACGGCCGCCGCGGGGGCUGCUGAAGCGCCGCCUGCCGUGGUGGGGGUGAGGACGACCAAGCCCAAGAAGCUGACCCUCAUCCCCCUCAUCUUCCUAAUCUACUUCGAGGUCGCCGGGGGACCGUACGGGGAAGAGCCAGCCGUCCAGGCGGCUGGCCCCCUCCUUGCCCUGAUCGGCUUCCUUGUCUUUCCCUUCAUCUGGUCUGUCCCGGAGGCCAUGAUAACGGCGGAGCUCGCCACAGCUUUCCCCGGCAACGGGGGGUUCGUCAUAUGGGCCGAUCGGGCCUUCGGGCCCUUCGCCGGUUCCCUGAUGGGCACGUGGAAGCUCCUCAGCGGCGUCAUCAACAUCGCCUCCUUCCCCCUCCUCUGCAUGGAGUACCUGAAGAAGCUCUUCCCGGUCGUCUCCUCCGGCCUCCCCCGGAAUCUCGGUCUCCUCUCCUUCACCCUCGUCCUCUCCUUCCUCAACUUCCUGGGCCUCACCGUCGUUGGGUACGCCGCCGUCGUGCUCGGGGUCGUCUCCCUCCUGCCCUUCAUCCUCAUGUCCGCCAUAGCCAUCCCCCAGAUCCGCCCCCACCGCUGGCUCAGCCUCGGGGAGAAGGGCGUGAAGAAGGACUGGACCCUCUACUUCAACACCCUCUUCUGGAACCUCAAUUUCUGGGACAACGUCAGCACUCUCGCCGGCGAAGUCGAUCGCCCCCAGAGGACCUUCCCCGUCGGUCUGUUCUUCGCCGUCAUCUUCACCUGCGUGGCCUACCUCAUCCCGCUCUUCGCCGUCACGGGCUCGGUCUCCGUGGGCCAGUCCCAGUGGGACACGGGCUUCCACGCGGAGGCCGCCGAGAUGAUCGCCGGCAAGUGGCUCAAGAUCUGGAUCGAGGUCGGGGCUGUCCUCUCUUCGGUCGGCCUGUUCGAGGCCCAGCUCAGCAGCUGCGCCUUCCAGAUCCUCGGGAUGGCUGAACUCGGGAUGAUCCCGAGCUUCUUCGGGGCCCGCUCCAAGUGGUUCAACACCCCCUGGGUCGGCAUCCUCUUCUCCACCGCAGUGUGCAUCGCGAUGUCGUACAUGAACUUCGAGGACGUCGUCGGGUCUGCAAACCUGCUCUACAGCCUCGGGAUGCUGCUCGAAUUCGCAUCCUUCCUGUGGCUGAGGCGGAAGAUGCCCCACAUCAAGCGGCCCUACCGGGUGCCGCUGGGGCUCCCGUGGCUCGCAGUGAUGUGCCUCAUCCCGGCGGGGUUCCUAAUACUGAUCAUGGUGUUGGCGACCAAGGUGGUGUACAUGGUGGCAGGGCUGAUGACGGUCGGCGGGAUCGGGUUCUACUUCUUGAUGAACUUCUGCAGGUCCAGGAAGAUCAUGAGGUUCAGCGAUGGUGGAGAUGUAGGAGCAAUGGAAGAAGGCUGAAAUUAUUCAUUCUGAUUUAAUUAUUUUAUUCAAUGUAGCAUUGGGACGAAACUUAGUUCAUAGUUAGCUCAGCACCAACAUAUAUUACACUUGUCCAUAUCUCUGUUUUAUCGCGCUCGGAAUAUAUAUCAAAUGUUAUGCAAGUUGAUGGAAAUUAUGCCAA